AUGAGCACGUAAAGCCCCACGUGCUCCUUGUUUCCAGCCUCGCGCGGUCUCCUCUCUUGAAGCAGCCGACUGAUAUACGCGCGCGCGCGCACACACACCGACGGACAGGUGUGUGUUUCUUUUGGUGUUUGUCACCCGCGAAAGGUGUGUGAGAAAUGCGGGCGUCGCGCUUGAAGGAGAGCAGCUGUCGUGUCCGCCGUCAGCGCCAGUCUCGCUCCCCUCCUCGCGGCUCCUGUCAGCUCGUCUAACGGCGCAGCACCGAGGAAAUCCCCGGGACUAUGUGAGCACCAUGCUCCCGGUGAGAUGCCUGCUGUUCGCCGCCGUCUGUGCGAGGUGCGCCGAGACAGGUGUUUGGGGAUGGGUGAAGCUGGAGGGGAGCUUGCCCUCUGCGGAGGAGGUCGUCCAGCCCAAGCGGCUCUUGCAGCAGAUCCACUCGGAGGAGGAGCUGCUGCACAGCCACCUGAACACCCGGGUCAGAAACCUGCCAGACGGCAUGCAGCAGCCCAUCCAUUUGGCCCAGAGCAGCUUCCUGGUGGAGGCCUUUGGCACAUCCUUCAUCCUUGACCUGGAACUGAACCACAACCUCCUGUCUACGGACUACGUGGAGCGUCAUUUUAACAACGGGGAGCUCUCACAAAAUACGGGCGGGGAGCAUUGCUACUAUCACGGACGAGUGCGGGGGCUACCCGGCUCCUGGGUUGCAAUAUCUACCUGCCACGGCCUGCAGGGGAUGUUUUCUGAUGGCAACUUCUCCUAUGGGAUUGAACCUGUUGGCGGUGGUGAGAAAAACCACAUUGUGUAUCGAGUGCCUGAUGUUGACCUCUUCUCACUUCCCUGUCCAGGAUGCCUCAUGAACAGCACGGUGCCUGAGGGGCAAACGGAUGAAGGAGACGGCGUGCUGAAGGAUGGAGACAACAAGUCUGAAGAAGAGAAAACUGUUUUCUCCAGAGGCCGGAGGCGCUCAAAAAGACAAGUGCGGCGUGGCCAGCGCACUGUUCAGACUGAGACUAAGUACAUUGAACUGAUGGUUGUCAAUGAUUAUGAGCUGUUUGUGCAGUGCAAACGCUCAACCACACAAACGAAGAUUUUUGCCAAAUCCGUGGUGAACAUGGCAGAUUUGAUCUACAAGGAACAGCUCAACACCCGCAUCGUCCUGGUGGCCAUGGAAACCUGGUCCUCUGAAAACAAGAUUGCCGUCGGCGAUGACGCCUUGCUCACCCUGCGAGACUUCAUGAAGUACAGGAAGGAGAGCAUCAAGCAGCGCUGUGAUGCCGUGCACCUCUUCUCAGGGAGGACAUUCAUGAGCAGCCGCAGCGAGGCGUCUUACAUCGGGGGCAUCUGCUCUCUAACGAGGGGUGGAGGCAUCAACGAGUUUGGUAGUCUGGGUCCCAUGGCCACCACCCUGUGUCAGAGUCUUGGGCAGAACAUCGGCAUGCUUAGAAACAAGGAGCAAACAACUGCAGGAUCCUGCAGGUGUCCCAGUCCAUGGCUGGGCUGCAUCAUGGAUGAUACUGGCUACUACCUGUCAAGGAAGUUCUCUCGCUGCAGUAUAGAGCAGUACCUGCGCUUCCUCCAGCAGGGAGGGGGGAGCUGCCUGUUUAACAAGCCCACAAAGCUGUUGGACCCCUCAGAGUGUGGCAAUGGAUACGUGGAGCUGGGAGAGGAAUGCGAUUGUGGCUCAUUGGUGGAAUGUAGCCAAAAUGGAGCCAGCUGCUGUAAGAAGUGUACUCUGACCCACAACGCCAUGUGCAGCAACGGGCUCUGCUGCAGGGACUGCAAGUACGAGCUCAGAGGAGUGACGUGCCGAGAUGCUGUGAAUGACUGUGACAUACCGGAGACCUGCGCGGGAGACUCCAGCCAGUGCCCUCACAAUGUCCACAAACUGGAUGGGUACACAUGUGAAGCUGGCCAGGGUCGGUGUUAUGGGGGCCGCUGUAAGACCCGAGAUGGCCAGUGCCGGACCCUGUGGGGCUACAACUCAGCUGACAGGUUUUGUUACGAAAAGCUGAAUUCGGAGGGGACGGAGAGAGGGAACUGUGGGCCGGGCCCCGGUGGGCAGGGAUGGGUGCAGUGCAACAAGCAAGAUGUUCUGUGUGGGCUGCUGCUUUGCACUAAUGUGACAGAAAGGCCCAGAUUUGGUGAACUGCAGGGGAGGCUCACCAGUCUGACCGUCCAUCACCAGAACCGAUACAUGGACUGCAGAGGCGGUCACGCUGUGCUGGACGAUGGUCUGGAUCUGGGCUACGUGGAGGACGGGACGCCAUGUGGGCCAAACAUGAUGUGUCUGGAGCGCCGCUGCCUCCCUGUCACCACCUUCAACCUCAGCUCCUGCCCAGGCUCCCCGAUCUCACACGUCUGCUCCCACCACGGGAUCUGCAGUAACGAGGUGAAGUGCAUCUGUGAUCCAGAUUACACCGGGAAGGACUGCAGCGUGUUUGACCCUAUUCCCUCUCCCACCCCACCAGACGGCUCAGAGAAGCACAAAGGUCCCAGUGGCACCAAUAUCAUAAUAGGCUCGGUCGCCGGUGCAAUUCUGCUAGCUGCAAUAAUCUUGGGGGGAACAGGCUGGGGAUUUAAGAACAUCCGGAAAGGACGAUCUUCGGGAGUUUGAGUUGCGGUUCCCGUCUUCCUCAUACCGUUCCCUGUCCCCUCUGAGGUGACAGAACCGAGACGUCUUCCACUAAACGAGCCGUCGGGCCUUUUUUUUAUUUAUUUACCAUCUCCUGCUCCGGCUCUGUUGAUUCUCACUCCAGCUGAGUUUAGUCUCCCUGGAGAAAUAAAUCUGGACGACGGGGAGGCCGGGAGAAAGAAGGAGCUUCCCGAGCUUCUUGCCGGCAGUCAGGGAAAUUGUCUGGGAACCGAUUUUUCUACGUUACUGUCGUUGGCAUCGUCUCCCGCUUCGUCCUCAUUGCAGUUUUAACCCACGUGGUUCUGGACGCAGACUCUAUAGUUUGGACUCUCACUUCUCAUUUCCUGGAGGGGACACCAUCUCCUCUCUUCAGUGGGACUUUACCUGCAGUAGAGACGUUUAAAUACCACUAAUUAUUACUGAGUGUUGGUAUUUGGUCCGUCCAGACAGGCUGUAGAUUAGAGUGAUACAUUCCACAAUAAUAGCCAUAACUUCUCCUUUUUAUGCUGCCUUGACGGGAAAAUCUGUGCUCCAGGGGCUUUUGAGGAAGCUUGUUGUGUCUCUGCUGAGGACGUAGGGACAGACUGGAUGGAUUCUCCCUGAUGUAAAAUGUAUAAUCCAUAUCCAAACAUCUAUACACAGGCACAUGGAAAGGUUUGGGAACCCCUCUUGAUUUUGGGGAUUUAAUUUUGAUUGGCUGAGCUGUUAAAGUAGCAACUUCCUUUUAUCUUGUCAUGCCUGUCUUGCAACUUUACCUUUUAUUGGAGUAACAUAAAAUACACGGUAUCCAUCACACA